AAGGAACGCUGGCACUUUAAUGCAUUUACAGGUAACUCGAAUCCUUAUUGGAAGUACUCUACCCGAGCGUACUUACCUAUUACCCAAAAAAAAUCAUAAGUGUCAUAAGCCUUAGGACGUAUGAGUUGCGUAUAGCAUAGAUCUAUAUGUUAACAAUUCUGCUACAAUAAAACUUGGAGCUGGACAUUUUUCCUAUGGAUAUUUGAUCACAUUGGAGAACAGGUUGGAUAUCAGAAUACUGAUUUUGGUAUUGGAGUUAAUUGCAGAAGCUUGAGGGGCUGAUUGUCAUCAUGAAGUGCUUACCUCAGGACUGUCUGAGAGGGUUUGGGCUGCUAUGCUUUGCCCAAACGGUACUUUCUAUGGUGGUCCCUAACUCUACUCACCUGGAGGCCAUACUGGAGAAGUAUAUGGACAAAGAGGAUGAGUCGUGGGUGUUCAAGCAGCGGGGGAAGAGAGCCAUCACUGAGGGCGACAUGCACCUCAUCCUCGAUUUGCACAACAAGCUGAGAGGUCAAGUUUAUCCCCAAGCUUCGAAUAUGGAGUAUAUGGUUUGGGACAUGGAGCUGGAGAGAAGUGCUGAACACUGGGCACACACCUGCCUCUGGGAGCAUGGACCACAACACAUGCUGACCCAGAUUGGACAGAAUCUGGGGGCCCACUGGGGGAGGGACCGACCACCCACAUUUCACGUCCAGGCAUGGUACGAUGAGGUGAGGGACUACAGCUAUCCGUACCCACAGGAGUGUAACCCACACUGUCCCUUCAGAUGCUCUGGUUCCGUCUGCACUCACUACACACAGAUGGUUUGGGCAACAAGCAGUCGUAUUGGGUGUGCUAUCAAUGUGUGCUACAACAUGAAUGUGUGGGGCAUGAUUUGGACCAAAGCUGUCUACUUGGUUUGCAACUACUCACCGCCGGGAAACUGGUGGGGACAUGCACCCUACAAACAUGGCAGGCCAUGCUCUGCCUGCCCACCCAGUUAUGGUGGAGGCUGUAGGGACAAUCUCUGCUAUAAAGAGAACGGAGUAGAGAGACGUCCUGCCCCUGAGCUAGAGGAGACUAAUUACAUUGAGCCGGAGCCAGAGCCAAGGUCGCGAACGCAACCCCCGACACCAUACCCCAAUGACAAUGUGGACAGGAAUGAGGUGGUCAGCACAUUGCAAAUGUGUCAACAGAUGGACUGUGAGACCAAGCUGCGAGAUCGUUGUAAAGGAACCACUUGUAAUAGGUAUGAGUGUCCUCCAGGAUGCUUGACCAGCCCAGGAAAAGUCAUAGGGACUGGGUAUUAUGACAUGCAAUCAAGUGUUUGCGGAGCUGGUUUACAUGCCGGAAUAAUUGACAACGAUGGAGGCUGGGUGGAUGUUACAAGACAAGGAAGAAAACCCAAUUUCUCAAAGUCCUACAAAAAUGGAAUUCAGUCUCUUGGGAUGAACAGGAGUGCAAAUGCCUUCAAAGUGUUCUCUGUACCAGUGAAAGCAGUUACGUGCGAGACCACCGUUGCCCAGUUCUGUCCUUACAAAAGACCAGCACGGCACUGUCCCAGGUUGUACUGCCCACGCAAUUGUUUGCAUGAGACCCGCGCCAGAGUCAUUGGAACAGAAUAUUAUUUGGAUAAAUCCAGCAUAUGUCGAGCAGCCAUCCAUGCUGGUGUCAUCCAGAACCACUCUGGAGGUUACCUGGAUGUGCAGCCUGUAGACAGUAGGAGACUGUACAGCGGUAGCUAUCAAAACGCCAUCUCCUCAGAAAGCCUACAAAAUCCGUCUGGUGGCAAAGCAUUCAGAGUAUUUGCAGUCAUCUGAAUACACUGCAAUGGAGAUGUGCAAUUGUCAUUUAACACCCAGUCAUUUUACAGCCAGUAAUUACAUUACAUUACAUUACAUAUGGUUUUCUUCCCUUGCUAAGCUGCACCUCAGCUUCUCAAGGCAGUUCAAUUUACUUUGAUACAAAUAUUUUACUGAUACACUGUUAAAAUUGAGAUCUUUAAAACUGUAUAUUGGAUGUAUAUAACAUGUAAAUAGAUUGAAUUUAAAAAAGCAAUCUCGCAUGGGUAUUUGUAUUGAUCAGGAAAAUGUGUAAUGUGCAUGCUGGUAAAGGUUUUAAUUCGAUUUCAAAUCUUAACAUUUUUGGUAUUUUGUAUACAUUUUUGCGUAUUUUAUAAAUUGUGUUGACUGAUGUUGAUGUUGUAUUUCAUGAUACAAAAUUAUGUAUAGCCUUCUUUUUAUAGUUCAAGCCUGGCUGGCCAGGAGUGCUUCAGAAAUGUUGAUAGCACAAACCAUAUGGCGAGACAGUUGAAAUAUGCAUUAUUUAUUUACAUUCAUGAAGAAACCAUUUUUAUCAGUGGUCAUUUCUGAAAGGAAACUUAGAUCAUUCAUAUCAUGUAUAUACAUUAUUAUAUGUUCUCCAUUGACAGCUACGGUUCAUAAUAUAGUACACAUACGGUAUGUCAUUUAUAAAGCACUACAGUACCUCACAUUGUGAGAAAAAUCUGUCUUAUCACUAUUAAAGUACUGGCAAAUACUGGUAUUAUGUCUGGA